UGGUAAUAUGCAUUAUGUGUGCUGUGCAGAUUUGACGCUUUGCUACCACCUGGAGGUUUGUCGCGAUUACCGGCCCCUCUACUCGAGCUAGCGAAACGUGCACAGGCUCGUAGUGGCCCAGACGCCACAAAGGUGACGCUGCCUGGCGCACACCUCGAAUUCAUUGAAUCUUGUCCAUCUCCAAGGCUCAUCAAGACGCACUUGCCGCUUUGUUUAUUACCUGCCGACGUCAGACGGAAGAAGUGCAAGAUUAUUUACGUCGCCCGGGAUUCGCGCGAUGUUUGCGUUUCGAGCUUCCACCUGUUCAGGGGCAUUGGUGGUUACACAGGGUCUCUGGAACAAUACUCGACGAAUUUCGUCAAGGGCACAGCUAUGUGGGGACCGCACUGGAAACACGUCAUGGAUCAUUGGAAACUCAGGAACGACCCAAACUUGUUGUUUCUCACUUACGAAGAUAUGAAAGCGGACCUCUUGAAUGUGAUCCAGCGGAUAUCAGCGUUCUUGGGCAAGAAGCUGGGACCGGACGGUGAAAAGAGUCUUGCGGAACACGUUUCAUUCGAAAGCAUGAAGUCUAACGAGGCUGUUGCUUUUGAGAAGAAUUAUGCUCAGGUGACGGAGCGAGUACUGAAGCCUGUCACGGAACUCGGCCUGUCGCUCGACAACCUGAUCGCCAUCGCUGUCGACGGCCGCAUGAGCCGCGUACCUGUCGGCAAAAUCCUCAAGCUCGUCGUCAGCGGGAAAAUCCCACUGAGUCUCCCUGUCACGGAACUCGGCCUGUCGCUCGACAACCUGAUCGCCAUCGCUGUCGACGGCCGCAUGAGCCGCGUACCUGUCGGCAAAAUCCUCAAGCUCGUCGUCAGCGGGAAAAUCCCACUGAGUCUCGUGUCCGCCCUCGUCGCUGCUCGUCUCCAGAACCGCCCCGUCCGCAUCACCGCCUCGCAAAUCUCCGCCAUGACCGGCGGGUCGCUCACCCCGGAAUUCUGCUCGGACAUGCUGGAAAUCGGCGGCUAUUCGGCGCCUGUCCCGUCACCCGACGUCGUCGUCACCCCUAAACCCACUUCUGCAACAACCACCACCACAACCACCACCACGCCGACAUCAGCGAUGACGACGACGAGUAGUAAUAAAAAGGCGAACAAGAAGAAGACCGAGAAGUCUAGUAAGCCAGUGUCGUCGGUGUCGGUGUUGGACGCGAACCCGAGCCCGGAUCCAGCAGUGAAGCCCAAGAAGCGCAAUAAUGUCGUGCGUGGAAUCUCGGAAUACUCGCAGAUACAGGCGGCUGUGCUGGUUUUGUUGAAAAUAUGGGACGGACAUCUAUUCCAUCUUGAUAAUAGUAAUAAGAUGACGACUCGAGUGAAGCUUAAUUUGCUGCUCGUCUCUGGAAGAAAGAACCAACUGGUGCUGGCGAGUCGACACGGCGGUGGGACCCACGGAGGCCCUCACGUGAUGGGCAGCGAUUCUGGGCGA